AUGGAUUUAGCAAUUUGUGCUGCAUGCAAAUUCACGAGCAACGGUCCUUGUACACUUGGGAACGGGGAUGCAUGCAUUAUGGCACCAUUUUUCCCAUCGACAGAACCUGAUAAAUUUGAUCGUGUUAAUAAAGUUUUUGGAGUCGUUAAUGUCUACAAGAUUCUGAGUAUUCUUGAAGAACCAUUGCAACGUGAAUAUGCUGUAAACGCUCUCUGCUACGAAGCAGAGGCCCGCAUACAAGACCCCAUACAUGGUAAUUAUGAUCUGAAAUUGGCUUACGAUAAUAUUCUCAAUAAAUUUAAGAGGGAUAUAGAUUCAGCGAUAAACGAACUGGAGAUCCCCACGGAUAAGAAGAAUCAACUUAAGCGACUCGUGGAUGCACGAAGAAAUGCAAUCAUUGGGAUGAGAGAAAAUGAACAGGGUGGUGUUCAUAGAGCUGAUGGUGCAUCAACUUCUUCGGGACCUGCAAAUCAAAACCAACCAUAG